AUGGAUAUAUUGACAAAAAUACAGGAACGAUGGACAACACAGUCGAAUAAGCAGAAAACAAUACGAUUUGAAAAAGAUCCGGAAUGGCAGCCGGAUGAUCGAGUUGUACUCUUUCAACAUUUCUUUAAGGGAAAUCGAACAUGGGUACUAACAGAUUUUGAUCGACAUAUUUUGGCUUACUGGAAACCGAAUGGUUCAUCAAUAAUUUUUGGUGAUCGUUUUAUACAGGAAAAAUUGGAAGAAGGUUAUACACUUUGUACCUAUUGCGGUAUGUUGGAGCAACAUUUGCAACAGUUUAGGGAAUAUGAGAAGAAGAAAUUUUGCUCCGAAGAAUGUUUAAGAUCUUUUUUGAAUGCUGAAAAAACUGCUGAAUGA